CACCAUUCCGGCACUGCUCAGCUUCACAAAAGCGGAUCCCAUCAGGAACACAUAUGAAUGAGUGGAUGUGGGGAACGCCAUCCUGCAAUUUAGAGCAGACAUGUAAGUAAAACCACUCGCGGCUCGCCCUGCGCACCGGGAAACCAAAAUGCCUGCGGGAUCCGCGUGGUGCUACCCUGCUCUGCUCUUACUUCUCUCCCCUGUGCCCCUGUGGGCCGCUGAGCUUUCCUGCAGGAAUGAACACGGGGAGGCGGUGGAUUGGUUUGCUCUUUACAAGCUGCCAAAACAUGCCAAAGGACAGAUUCCCAUGCUGGGACUGGAGUACCUGUACAUGGAUGCCCUGGCUCCACAGUGGCAGCUUGGUAAAUACCUAAUCAACAUGACACAGGGUGCUCUGGGCCAAACACUGCAGCAGCUGUAUGAGACAUAUGAAUCCAAGAGGUACACCACUGCAUAUGCCAUGUACAAUGAUGAGAUCCCUGAAUCAGACUCCAAAGGGUCGAAACAUGGACACACCAAAGGAUUUCUGCUCUUGGAUAAAUCACAAGGCUUCUGGGUGAUUCACAGUGUGCCCCUGUUCCCUCCCAUCCCUGAGGAUGGUUAUGGAUAUCCAUCUACUGGGGAGUCCUUCGGACAGACAGCCAUCUGUAUAACCUUCAAAUAUGAUCAGUUCACAGAAAUAGACCAACAGAUGUUGAUUUAUAAUCCGGGAAUCUACAGCUGUUCCAUCCCUGACAUCUUCCAAGCUGAUCUCCCAAAUCUUCAGAAACUCUGUGCAAAGUCCAGGCUACCUUCAGUCCCCUUGUACCACCUCUCCAAGCUCCAGUCAGCUCAUGGGGAAACCUUUCUCCAGUUUGCAAAGUCACACUUGUUCAUAGAUGAUAUCUAUGUGGCCUGGAUGGCUCAGGAACUGAAGACUGAUUUGUUGGCUGAAUCCUGGCAGCGUUCUGGUGAAAAACUUUACUCAAAUUGCUCUCUUGAUUACCACGUCUACAACAUAAACAUAAUAGGGACGCCAUUGAACUCCACCUUUCAUUCCAUUAAUGAUCAUUCCAAAUGGGCUGUUUCAAGGAAAUACAAAGAUCAGUGGACAUGCAUUGGGGACUUGAACCGUGCUGCUGAGCAAGCUUGGAGAAGUGGUGGCUUCAUCUGUACCCAGAAUGAACAGAUCUACAAAGCCUUCAGGCAUUUGAUAAUCCAGUAUGAAAGCUGCACUUCUGCUCCCAGAGAGCUGUAACAAACCAUUCCUCCCAACCAGCACAGCCCUCGUUACAUGGGAAGUGUAGGAAAUAUCUCCCUUGAACUGUAUUUUCACUCUGAAAAGCAGCCCUGUGAGUUUCCAGAUGUGCCAGGCCAUCCCCUUGCUAGCUGUAGGAGCAGGUGCUGUGCAGGUGAAGGGCGGCUGUUUCCCUGUGCUGUGCAGCCCUCAGGGGGGGUGUGCUGGGCCCUGCUCCACUCCCUGGCUCCUGUCACCAUCCCGGAUGGGAUGGGAUGGGAUGGGAUGGGAUGGGAUGGGAUGGGAUGGGAUGGGAUGGGAUGGGAUGGGAUGGGAUGGAUGCUGCUGCACGGGGCUGCACCAAAGCACAUCUCUGUGAACACCCUGCACGGGCAUCCCUGUGCACCUUGGGAGUGGAGCUGAACUUGGGAUGGGAGGGACAAGAGAAACCUCUCUCAUGAGCUGGGCUGUCAGCACUGGGCAGGUAGCAAGGGAUAAGUACCCCCAAAUAGUUCAAAAUUGCCCUGGAUUUCUGGCACUGUGGAGAUAAAUCACUGUUUCUGCUCAGCUUGGGCUGAAUCUAUAAAAGAGCUGAGAAAAUUAGAUCCAGACAGGGAGAUGAGUAGAUCUGAGGACAGGAAGACCUCAUUUUUACAUGAUGAAUUUUUAGAGAAUUAAUGAACUUUAAAUAAUCUUUAAAUUAUCUGUAAUCAAUAGCUUGGGAAUAUUUCUAGUGCUUUUAUUAAUAUACAACAAUUUUAUAAACAAAUAAACGUCUGAAAUACGAAUAAAAAAAACAAGGAGUAACAAUGGUCUGUACAUUCUACCUCUUCCAUCUAUUUGUGGUUGGUUACAAUGUUUUAUAGCUGCCAAUGAAAAAUUGAGACAAUGAGGAAAAGAUAUAAAAGAGAAGAAUGUAUUUGAAGAAAGAUAUUAUUUAACCUACAUUUUCUCAUUACAAUAAAUGUGGCUGAAAUUUUUAAUAUGUCCAGUCUCAGGCUUAGGACUUGAAGUUUGCAUGGUCUUGCUGUAAAGACAAAGCUGAUUUGCAAAACCCCAAUACACUCGUGUUCAAAUUUCAGAAGUGUACUUGUGUUUAAUAUGUUCCUAUUUAUAUGUUUCUAUCUUUAUUUUUCCUGAAUUGCUAAUAUAAACUCCAGUCUGAAGAUCUGGCUGUCCCACUGAUAUUUCUGCUUUGCUGUGUUUGUGGUCCCCACCACUGAUCCUCCACAGAAGUAGGUAUAAAGAAAUGCCCCACAACCACAAGAGGUUGCCAAAGAUUUCUUUUCCUUUUCACCCUGAACAAUCAGCUAAACAAUGAAGUGUAAAAAGUGUCAAACUAUAUAAUUUCAGAAAAUACUUGUGUGUAUUUCUUGAAGAGAUAGAAAUAAUCUGUGUGGCCUGCAUAAUGAAGGGAAUUGUACAGGAAUAAGUUUCAUAAUUAACCAGUCUGGGUUGAAGGUAGCUCGUAGCUUGAGUCUCAUGGCUCAGUGAGAAUAGUUUUGUUACUUAGGUAUCCUGCAAGAAUUUUUUUAUUUUAUUUUCCCUCCAUAUGACCCAAUAACAUUCGAUAAAUAAUUUGUUUGAUAAUGUUCUUUCUCUGAUGCCUGUCAGAUUGUUUUGCAUAUUUACUUCUUGUUUUGCUAGCUGUGGUCAAGCAGCACCUUUUGUGGCAGUGAAAAUUGCCAGUGACACAGAGCACUGAGCCAUGGCAUGGUAGGGCAUUGCUCAGAUAAGCCAAGACCAAAUUAAUUUCUCUUGCCUAUCUUUUCAGGGCAGACACUGACCUAACCUGCCUGUCUGAGCUCCUGUAUCUUGCCCACGGCUUUGUGUAAGCACAACUUCAGUGUAUAGGACUGGCAAGAAAUCCUCUGCUGGAGACAGUGCUGGCAAGCUCACCAUGUGUGUCAGAGAGCACCUGGAUCAGUGUAACAACCUGUAUUUCUUGUAGUAUUUUCAAAUACUCGGUCACAGGGUUCUGUCUCUGUCCCACUGGUUGUCACAGCAGUGUUGCCAACCUUCUGCUCCCCAGGCCAGGAGUCACCACUGCAUCACUUGAAAUACGUGCUGAUUGCUGUACUUAAUUACUUGGUCGAUUAAUAGCUGUCAUAAUGUUUUACAAGACUACUUAAACAUUCCUCUUUCAUUAUAACCAAGACUGGUUGCCUCCAUUUUAGCUGUAACUGAGGAGGCAUAAAGAGCAGUGGGAAGAUGCAGAGAAACAGCUGUACCAUACAGAACUAUAAGCACCUCAGCAGCCUGGCUGUGCACACUCAUUUCAGUGGUGUAGCAAUAAAAAGGCUGCAGAUCUGGUUCUCUCA